GGGGGGCCGUGGCGGAGGGGUCCGCUCUGGUCCCUGGCCCGGUCGAUCCUGGCCCUUGGGGCCUUGCUGUCCCUGGCGUGAGGGCAGUGUGCGGCCCACCCUGUGCUGUUCUUACCUUCUGUUUCCAUAGGGGUGAUAGUGCUGGAGGGGCCUUUUGUCACAGAGCUGCUGAGCUCAGCCACAUCCUGAGAUCAGGUGGAUUUGGGGAGGCUCAGCUGAGGGGGGUUAAGUUCCCUGUAUGGCCCAGGGCCAAGCUCCUACUUAGCAAAGACAGAAGAGUAUCUGCAAAAUGGCAACUGCUCAGAAGCAAAGGAAUUGCGUGAGCGCAGUUGUAUUUCCUAACAAAAUAUCUACUGAGCAGCAAUCCCUGAUGCUAGUGAAGAGGCUCCUGGCAGUAGCAGUAUCCUGCAUUACAUAUCUGAGAGGAAUCUUUCCUGAAAGUGCCUAUGGAACAAGAUACAUGGAUGAUGUCUGUGUCAAAAUUCUGAGGGAAGACAAGAACUGUCCUGGCUCUACUCAGCUGGUGAAGUGGAUGUUAGGAUGCUAUGAUGCCUUGCAGAAGAAAUACCUAAGAAUGAUUGUCCUGGCAGUCUGUUCCCAUCCAGAAGAUCCUCAGACAAUUACAGAAUGUUACCACUUCAAAUUCAAGUACACCCACAAUGGACCACUCCUGGAUUUCAGCAGUAAGAAUAACAGGACGGAUUCCACAAUCACCUGUGCAGACACCAAGAAAGCAAGUAUCCUCCUGAUUCGCAAGAUUUAUGUUCUGAUGCAAAACCUGAGUCCAUUACCAAAUGACGUCUGCCUGACUAUGAAGCUGUUCUAUUAUGAUGAAGUUACGCCAUCUGAUUACCAGCCUCCUGGUUUUAAGGAGGGUGAAUGUGAGGGGAUGAUAUUUGAGGGGGAGCCUAUGUAUCUGAAUGUGGGUGAAGUGCCAACGCCUUUUCAUAUGCUGAAAGUUAAAGUUACAACUGAAAAACAACGAAUGGAAAACGUUGAUAAAAGCAUCCUAAAAAGUGGAGAGACUAAUGUGCCUCUCCAUAUGCUCAGAGUGGACAGAGAUGGUGAAGAGAACCAGGACAUGAAUGAAGAUCCUGUCUUGGAUAAUAAAGUGGAAGAUAGGAAUAAUGUCAAUAUUUCAGAAGCUCAAGAACCAAAUAUAACUUGUGAAGAAGAUGAAGUUACAAAGCCUGGAGGGAACCAGAAUCUGUAUGUUUCUAAUCCUCAGGUCGAUCAUUUGGCAAGUAAGACAUCUGAACUUAAUGUGUCAGAGAGCAGGACAAGAAGUGGAAAGAUAUUUCAGGUCCCUCAGUUCGAGCUGUCGUCGAGUCAGGAUGUGCUGCCCAAAAGGAGAAAGAUCAGCGAGCCAAAGGAGCAGUUCUAGAUGCCUGUCUCCUCCUGUUUGGUCACGGAGUUCUCCACACUGCUUUCAGUUUGUUGUUUAAUGUGAAUGUUCAUAUUUAGGUAACUUUUAGGGAUUUUUCUUUGAUAUUUGUGAUCCAAAUGGAGAGCAUUUAAAGGAAAGAUCUGUCGAGAAGCCCAGCUGAAGAAAUUGGUACUUAUUUUUCAUGGGAGGCUGUACCCCAUUGGGGAAGAUGGAAAGGGCGUGAUGUGGGGGAUUUGCCUCCCUGCUGAUGCCACGUGUAGAUCCUGGUGGCCGUCGUGUUGUGGCUGUUGCUGGCAGCACCCGGUUUCUCUGGUGCUUUUGGGUUGUCCCGAAGCCGAGGAGCUCCCAGCCCAGGUCCCACCAUGGGGUGUGGGCCCCGGGGAUCUCGGGCCCUUUCUGGAGCAUUACCUGGCCCUGGCAGUUUCACUGUUACUACUGGGACUGUUGCAGGGGUUGAUUCUGUGCAUUUCCUCCAGACUGAAGGCACCAGACUCGUGUGAAAAAUGAGCAUUCUUCAUCCUCCCCGUUGCAUAUUUCACGCCAAAAUGCAGGAGUUUCUGUACAGCUGUGAUGAGACAUGCAUGUAAUUACAGAGUGUUCAUGUGUGGCAGGCAUCUGUUAUAGCGGUGUGAGAUGAUUUGAAGGAGCCUGUCUGUACUGCAAAUGAUUAAUUGUAGCAUUAA